UGUCCCGUUGUGUUGAAUACAAAGGUUGAAUAUUAUUACCGAUUAACAUGCCUUUGACAAAUGAUAUGAUGGAAAAAUAUAAAUUAAAAUCAUUCGAAUCAAGUGAAGAAUAUGAUACUUGGUUGGAAAAAAUUGACCACCAUGAAUAUGGGAAACAAAAAACCGUGCUCGCUACUACAGCCAAUAAAAAACGCAGUAAAGAUAAUAAAAUUGACAAUAAAAUCCAUUAUUAUCAGUGCAUCAGAUACUGUAAAGCGGGUGGAUUGUCAAAAUCUGGUGUCCACAAAGGAUCAUGUACAGAUUGCCCGGUAACACAUAAAAUUGUAGCCAGCAAAGAUGGCAAAUCGUUGAUUUUUGAUACAAAAGUUUGGAACUGGGAACAUAACCAUCAGAAAAUUUAUUCACAAAUGAAAAUAGAAUACAACAAGAAUAAAAAAAGUGUCAACGAAAAUGGAACUGUUUCUAGAAAAAGAAAAAGAUUGACACGAGUUGAACCAAUGAGAACAUGCUCUAUAAAAUUCAUCAAGCUUGAUCAACCAGAAGGUUCAAGUAAUCAUGAUGAAACUAAACCACCAGUUGUUGAAAUGACCCCAAGUAAAUCUGAUGGAAUGGAAACACCAGUUGUUGAAGGUUCAACUACAGAUGAUGAAACUGAACCACCAGUUGUCCCAAUUGAUACAGGCUCAACUCUUGAUGAUAAAAGCAAACAACCUGUUGUUCAAUUGGCUGUGAGUAAUGUUGUGAAUCAACUAAUGAUGAUGAUGAAUGAAUCAACUAAUAAUGAUAAAAGUAAACAACUUGGUGUUCAAUUGACUGUGAGUAAACUUGACGGAAUUGAACAACCAGUUGUUGAAAAAGAUUUAAGUAAUCAUGAUAAAACUGAACCACCAGUUGUUGAACAAGAUUCAAGUAAUCAUGAUGAAACUGAACCACCAGUUACAGGUUCAACUAAUGAUGAUGAAACUGAACCACCAGUUGUUCCAAUUGUGACAGGUUCAACUCUUGAUGAUAAAAGUAAACAACCUGUUGUUCAAUCAACGUUAAGUAAAGUUGACGGAAUUGAACAACCAGUUGUUGGAAAAGAUUUAAGUAAUCAUGAUAAAACUGAACCACAAGUCGUUGAAAAAGAUUCAAGUAAUCAUGAUAAAACUGAACCACCAGUUGUUACAGGUUCAACUGAUAAUGAAACUGAACCAAUAGUUGUUGGAGUGACUCAAAGUAGACGUGAUGAAAUUGAACAACUUGUUGUUUCAAUUAAUAUAGGUUCAAGUAGGGGUAUUGAUAUUGAAAUAACAGUUGUUCCAAAAAUAACAGGUUCUGUAAAAAAGGAAUAUAAAAAAAAUACAUGAAAAAACAAAUAUACAGCGAUGCAGUGCCACGUGUUACACGUUCAUCCACUACAAAAAAAAAAUGAUGCCAACUCGUG